GGCCCUGGGGGCUACGUACGAGGACCCACAAUCACACAGUUGGGUGCCCGUCCUGGUCAGCCAACGACACCAGUGGCAACGGCGGCGGCGGUAGCUGCUGCUACGAUUGGAACACCUGUGCCUGGCGUGGUACCUGUGCCCACCACCACUGCUGGUCAGGGAGUCGGUGGUGCACCCACACCGCUUGAUCACCAACCUCAUAAUCCAGCACCUCAGUCGGUUCUUGCAGGUUAUGCCGGAGGCAAAGUAGAAAUGCAUACUGGGGUUCAUCACACACUUCCUGCAUACUCAGCUAGUCUGCCUACUGCACCCCAGCCCCAGGGUGAUGGUCUGUCGGGCGUGGUGGAAGGGCGUUCUGUGGGUGGAGCGGGUGGGCUAGUGGCCCCGGGUGGAGUAGGACCGCCCCCAUCUGUCCUCCAACACGUGUCUGCCCACUCCCAGGUGCGCCACAAGGUCUCGGGAGUGGGCACUGCAAGCGUGGUACACCAAACAGCAGCAGUAGCUGCUGCAGCAGCAGCAGCUGGGGCCACACAAGGUUCUGGGCAGUUUCAGAGAUUGAAAGUUGAGGAUGCGCUUUCCUACUUAGAUCAGGUGAAGUUGAGGUUUGGGAAGCAGCCGCAGGUCUACAAUGACUUUUUGGAUAUUAUGAAAGAGUUUAAAUCGCAGUCCAUCGACACCCCAGGAGUCAUCGCACGAGUAUCUCAGCUCUUCCGUGGACACCCAGAACUCAUUGUUGGCUUCAACACCUUUCUUCCGCCCGGCUACAAAAUUGAGGUGCAAGGGAAUGAGCAGGUGAAGGUGAGCGUAAGUGUGCCUGGACAACAAACAACAGUGGUACACACACCUCAGGGCGUCCACCAUCACAUCACCUCCACACAUCAUCCUCCACCACCACCACCGCCUACGGUUACUGUCAAGCCCUCACACCAUCCACCACCUCCCAGAUCUACGUUACCUACUAGUGUAACACAACACACAGGACCAAGUUUAGUUGGUACUCACAGCGUUCAUGCUGGGAGUGGAGGUGGCACAGGGCCUGUCAGUGGAGGAGGCACUGGUGGAACACCUGGGGGAGGGGGAGGCGGCGGAGGAGGGGGAGGUGGUGGUGGUGGCGGUUGCGGCGGCGGUGGAAGCGCUGUUACUCCAGGAGGAAAUACGAAUGUCACUCAGGUAGCGAGCAGUGUUAGUGUUGGCAGCAGCACCCCCACCGGCACCAACUCUGGUAGCAACUCAAAUGCCACAAGCAAUACUCCAGGUGGCGCACAACACUCCACCAACACUGCCCCCCAGCACCCCAGCCGUGAACCUCAGCCUCCCCCACCUCACCAGCACCACCACCACCAUCAUCAACCUCCAGCACAACCUGUGGAGUUCAACCAUGCUAUCAAUUAUGUUAAUAAAAUUAAGUUACGGUUUCAAGGGCAACCAGAUAUAUAUAAGCAGUUCCUAGAGAUCCUUCACACAUACCAGAAAGAGCAACGACACAUCAAGGAUGGAGGAUCUAUACCCACUAGAACACUCACUGAGACGGAGGUGUACGAAAAGGUUGCUAAGCUGUUUGAGAACCAAGAGGAUUUAUUGCAAGAAUUUGGUCAGUUCCUCCCCGAUGCCACCAACAACUCGGCAGCACAGGCAGCCGUCUCGGACUUCAUGGACCAGUACCGGACUCAUCAUGGGGGCAAUAAAACUGUAAGCAAUGAUCAUACGUCAGUAAAGAAGUCCAAUAUAAAAAGCAGUUGUGGGUUGGGUUCAGGUAAUAACCUGGUGAGUGGGCCAGGUAAUGCGCCCAACAAGACCUCACCCAUGUUUGGCCAUCAGCUGAAGCGACCACACUCAGGUCCCACACAGGGUCACACCCACUCUCAUGUACAGCCACCUGUGAAGAAGCCAAAGCUUGGGUACCUGAAGGAUAUGAGUGCUGCUGAAGCUGGCAAAUAUGCCACCCUAGCAGAAUACGCCUUCUUUGACAAGGUACGGAAAGCUUUACGUCACGAGGAAACUUACCACAAUUUCUUGCGGUGUAUCACGUUGUACAAUGAAGAAAUAAUUACCCGUUCAGAGCUUGUACAGCUAGUCUACCCUUUCCUCGCCAAGUUUCCUGAUCUUCUCAAGUGGUUUAAGGAGUUUGUCGGUUACCGUGAAGGAGCAUUGGGCAACUCUGAUAUCAUACCUUCUACUGUAGCGAAACAGGAGAGGAUAAGUGGUGAUUUGGCUAUGGAAAUAGAUUAUACAACGUGUAAGAGACUAGGAGCAUCUUACUGUGCUCUGCCUAAGUCCUACCCACAACCAAGGUGCUCUGGUCGAACCAGUCUGUGUAGAGAAGCUCUGAAUGAUACCUGGGUGUCUUUUCCUUCAUGGUCAGAGGAUUCCACUUUCGUCACCUCCCGGAAAACACAGUAUGAAGAGUAUAUAUAUCGGUGUGAAGAUGAGAGAUUUGAGCUGGAUGUGGUGCUGGAGACGAACUUGGCGACGAUGCGUGUGUUGGAGGGGGUACACAAGAAGCUCCAGAGGAUGAGUCCAGAAGAAGCAGCUAGAUUUAGAUUAGAUGACUCCCUCGGGGGUAACUCACCUACGAUACACCAAAGGGCCAUUCGCCGAAUAUAUGGCGAUAAAGCGCCUGAUAUAAUAGAUGGAUUAAAAAAGAAUCCAGUUGUUGCAGUGCCUUUGGUUCUAAGAAGAUUAAAAGCAAAGGAUGAGGAAUGGCGGGAAGCACAGAAAGGCUUUAAUAAGAUAUGGAGAGAGCAGAAUGAGAAGUACUACCUAAAAUCCUUGGACCACCAGGGUAUUACAUUUAAGCAAACUGAUGUUAAAACGAUACGAUCUAAAAGUUUACUAAAUGACAUCGAAACACUAUUUGAUGAGCGCCACGAACAAGCCGAAGAAAGUGGUGAAGUCAUUACCGGGCCUCAUAUGAUACUCCACUACCCUGAUAAGUCCAUCAUUGACGACGCAGCCAACUUGAUAAUCCACCACGUCAAGAGACAGACGACGUACCACAAAGACGACAAAGUGAAGAUCAAGCAGAUAGUCAGACAUUUUAUCCCAGACUUUCUCUUCCACACGAGACAAGAUAUGUCCGAUGAUGAGAAAGAUAUGGAAGACGAGGAAGAUGAGGAGGAGGAUCGUAAAAGUGAAGGCAAGUGUGAGAGUGCUGGCCGACGGGAUCUCAGGGGCCGAGAGUGCAAGCAGAUCACGUCAACCCCAUGUGCCACUACCAAUAACAAUUCUAAUAAGAGAAAAACGAGAAAUAGAGGCAUUGAACUUGAGAAAGAAGGUGAUAAAAAUGGUGGGAGAGAAACUAGUGGGAACAAUAAUAAUAAUAACAAUAACAAUAACAAAACCAAAGAUGAUAAUAAGAGUAAAGCAGCCCUAAAUGGAGAUGCGACUGAAGAUGAGAAAGUCAGUAUAAAGACUGAAGUGGACGACGAAAAGAUAGAAGUGAAGGAAGAGCCGGGAACUAUUGGCAAUGGGAACGUCCAGCCGGAUGAUGAGUACAGAUUAUUCAUGUGCAACAACAAUUGGUACCUCUUUCUUCGGUUACAUCAAAUUUUGUGCUGCCGUCUCACCACCAUGUAUGAGCAUGCUGUACAGAUAGCUGCUGAUGAGGCAAAAGAUAAAAAGGAUAGAAAAGAAGCAACAGCAGUCGCCCUUAGACUCAAACCUAAAAAUGAGAUAGCCAUUGAAGAUUAUUACCCUGCCAUGUUAGACAUGGUGAAGAAUGUUCUAGAUGGCAACUUGGAGUCCACAGCUUAUGAAGAUACAUUAAGGGAAAUGUUUGGCAUCCAUGCAUACACUGGCUUUACAAUGGAUAAGGUAGUAACUGGAGCAGUGAGACAACUCCAACAUUUGGUGUGUGAUGAUCCUCCAGCCCAGUGUACAGCCAUGUACCUGUCUGAGGCCAAGAAGGGCGGGGCUGGAGGUCCCAUUGCAUCUGCGCACCGAAGAUUGGCUGCAGAACAAACGUACCAGAAAAAAUCUGAACGCCUUCUACAAGAUGAAAAUUGCUUCAAAAUUUAUACCUACAAAAGGAACUGUAGAAUGACAAUAGAAUUGAUAGACACUGAGUUAGAGGAGGGAGAAGAUAGUGGAGGAAGUGCAGGGACUGGAAUGAGUCAUAGUGUUACAGUUCCUUCUGCUUCUCAUUCAACCAUUCCACCCGCCGUCACUGAAGUUGAGAGAUGGAGUGAAUAUGUGGAGAAAUAUGUCUCUUCCGUCGCACCCCAGAUGUCACCUGCUAUGCAAGCCCAACUGUCCAGAAAACCAGUGUUUUUACCACGCAACCUUCGCUCUUGGAGAAAGUUAACAGCUUCUAGACAAACAAAUCAGGAGGUUGAAAAGGGUGGCUGUACGGAGGACAUCAAGCCACCAGUGUGUCCUGAAAUGGACAUUGUCGACAACACUCAGUGCAAAUUCAACCUGUCCUCAUUCAAGAUGGUGUUUGUAGUCAAUAGUGAUUCAUAUAUGUACAAGAAGCAGGCUCUCAAGAGGGCCAAACAAAGUCAUGAACAUGUGAGUCGAAGGAUGCGCAGUGGUUUAUUAUCAUGGCAUGGUGAUUGGUGCACGAGACAUGUUUCUGAGGCAGAUCAGCGAGCUGCCACCGACUGGUUUUUGGGACACACUGAUGGGUUACGACCCAAUUGUACAAGAAUAGUGCGUAUUGAUGACCCCUCCCGACCACCUUUUGCACCCUAUAACAAGUACAAGUGUGAACUAGAAGAGAGUGGAGGGUCCUAACGUGUGGUAUUGAUCUUACCCCUGUCAUCUGGCCAGAGUUAUUCCUCAGACUGAUGGGGGUGAGAAGCUGUGAAUGUUAAUGGAGAGUCAGACUCCCUCACUGUGUGAGCUGUGACUUAUACUUUACUCUGAGGGUAAAGUUGUGUGGACGUCACCUCAAAGUACAAGAUUGUAGCAAGGAUGGUGGUGUGGACCGUGAUUUGCAGCAAGGAGGCAGUGAGUACUGUGGGGGAGGGAAGGGAGGGUGAUAAAGUGAAACGUGCAACUCAAAACUUUUAUCUUUGUAAACGAGUUGAAAGAUGUUCCAAGUUGUGUCAUGACAUCUGAAAUGCAUCUGCUACAAGCUAAGUGUACAAGUGUUGUAAGACUGAUGGCAACCGUAAUACUAAGCUAGUGAUGCAUAAAAUCAAUUGAUGUGCCUCAUGAAUGCCUGUCAGUACAAUGUAGUAUUAAAAAGUAAAUGCAAGUUGCAGCAUUGAAGCAUCCCAGUGACAAGAGUCUGCCCCACACAAGGACUGCCCACUCACCAUCCAUACCGCUGCAAGGUGUCCACAGCACAAACUUGCUACUAAAUUUUACAACAACCACUUGUAUGUUUUGUUGCUGGGACCGAGAGUUUGGACUCACGAGCAGAGCCAGUUGUACAAGUGAAUGAUAAUUAUAAUUUAUAGUUGUACAGAUGAUCUGAUUUACGUUUUUGUUAAUGAAGAUGUUUCCUUGUAUAAGACGGAAUUCAGAGGAGAUGGGGGAGACAGUGGUUAAUUGUUGUGGGCUCAUUUUUAGCCAAAUCUCAUCCUCCCUGUACACAAAAUGCGGACUCUUCCCAAAAUUCGUUAUUUAUUGAUAUAUAUAUUUGCAUUAUGAUCAGGGAUAUGAAUUAUCAAAGGCAUUUUAUUGCCAAUGUUUAUAUUCACCAGGAUUAAGUCAAGGUGAACAAAGUUAUACAUAAAAUAUGUAAAGUAUUUUAUAAAUAUUUUAAAAUGUACAUGACGUCAACCCUUACUACGCUCAUACAUUUCACACACACUACUUACAUACACAUGCACUGGCACAUACACUCACAUUGAGGCCAUCAAACAACCGAUAUUUAAUAAAAGAAAUGCCUUUCUUCAAUUCCUAGUUUAGUUACAGGCCACCCCAAACCCUCAUCUCCUCCCGAACUGGACGUCUCAAAAAACUGCCGCGGCCUAGAUGACACUAUUUAGCUUUAAGAAGUCGCUCCGGCGUGGGUGUGUGUGCUACCAGAUUCACCAGAAGAAAAUGUUUAUCCUUUAAAAUAAAGGAUGGGGCAUUACACGAACACAUUUAACUGGUCCCCAGAGCACUACUGCCACUGCCAAGGGAGUGCAAUAAGGCAAUCUCUAAGGUUGUGAACAUUCUAGUGGUGUGUGGCAGCUGAGAUAGGAACCAGGGGAACCUUGAUGAAAUUUUAAUUGGAUCUUUACCCUUAUUAUAAUUCUUGAAAUAAUAUUUUUGCAUUACACAAUUUUUGUCAUAUGAGUUACAAUGUGAAUGUUUUGCUCCAACACAGGUUAUGUUUCACCAAAAUUCAUAAUUUAUUAAUGGCCAUAUUAUAAUUUUGUUAAAUUUUUUGUUUCUCAGUUCCACAUAGUUUAAUAGUUUAUAACAAGCAUUUAAUGCUGUUAACUCAAAACAUGCCAUUAUGAAUAUUGUGCCACGGGAAUAGAGGAUACUGUCCAGAAUGUCUCCUUUAAUCAUCACUCAAAUUAUUUUUUGUAGUACAAGUAGUAGGAUGAAAUACAGCACACCUAAGUUGGUGACUUCCGUGUAUUUAGAGAAAUAUUUCUUUUCUAUCCCUCAUGUCAAUCACAGAAAGUGUUUGUAAUAGACAUUGAAAACAAUAAAUCUUUUUACAUUCUA